AUGGCCAAGCAGAGCAUGGAUAAAAUCAUAGAGAAUUCUUGCAGGAUUCUGAAGUUCACCGAGCCCAUGGCGGACAACGCGUUACGAAAUCACGUUAUACAGUUGGUACAAGUUAAUGAUAAAGAUCAGUGUGAACUACUCUGUUAUUUGGAGCAGAUGUGCCUGUCUUUCAAUUUUGGAUCGGGGAAUUGUGAACUUAGUAACUCAGAUCAUUAUCAACACCCGGAAGAUUUGGCUUCCAGGAUAGGUUUCUCGUAUCAUCCAACAGCUAUACUUUGCAGCGGCUUACUUUGUCCACCAGCUUCAUCCUGUUUACCAAAUCACCAAGGAAACCUUCGUUGUGUUUGUCCUGCUGACUGGCCUAAUGCAACUAACUGUGAAAGAGAUGCCGAUGAAUGUUCCCUUGAAACGCAUGACUGUUCCGCUGACGCGUAUUGUAAUGACACCGUGGGCUCUUUUAAGUGUACUUGUCGGACAGGAUUCACAGGAGACGGCAGAAAAUGUCGAAAUGUCGAUGAAUGCUCCCUUGGAAAACAUAACUGCUCCGCUGACGCGUUUUGUAAUGACAACUUGGGCUCAUUCACUUGCACUUGUGUGUUGGGAUUCUCAGGCGAUGGCAGAACAUGUCAAAAUGUUAAUGAAUGCACCCUUGGAACACAUAACUGCUCUACUGACGCGUUUUGCUUUGACACCGUGGGCUCAUAUAAUUGCACAUGUAGGACAGGAUUCACAGGCGAUGGCAGAACAUGCCAAACGACCAAUGAGUGUGUUGCGGAAAACAAUUCAUGUCACGAGGACGCCGUGUGCACAGACACCGAAGACGGCUACAACUGCACGUGCAGUCAGGAUAUGAUAGGGAACGGAUCCUUAUGCUUGGGAUUUCCUUUUUACUGGACACUUAAUGGAUCUGAUCCGUUCAUAAGCUUGUACAAUGGUGCCACCUACAAAAGUAUUAAUGGAACGACAGCCCUGUAUUUGGAUGGACGUUCAUACGCAGAAACUCCAGCACUCCCAAUCCAGACCACCAGCUUCAGUAUCCUGUGCUGGAUGAAAGUUUUAAACCUUCCUGCGGAUGUUAUAAACAUUUACUCUGAUUGGUCUUCACCCCACCAGUUCAGGUUUGGCAUGAUACAAGACAGUUUGUGCGCCAACCUCCGCCGAGAUUUUCCUAAAUCCUCAAAUAUUGUCUACUUCUGUGGAGGGCAUAUCCACAUGGAUAAAUGGAUGCACGUCGCAUUCACAUGGAGUCGCGAAGGACUUCUCGGAAGACUGUACAUAGACGGAUUCGAAGAAGGCAAACAAAGAGUUCUUGGGUCAACUAUUAAUUUAGAUCUCAACCCCACUGGCCACUCUGUGUUUGACAUCGGGCUCAAACGGGAUUCCUUGUUUCAACAUACUUUCCACGGAUUUCUAAGGAAUCUCAUGGUUUUUGAUGUGGCAAUAACUGGAUUAGAAGUGAAGAAAAUUUUUACAGACGGUUACACGGCAGCUUAA